AGAGUCGAAAUACAUCUUUACAUCACACGUCAGUGGGCACUGGGCUGUCUUCAAAGUAACACGGAUUAGACACACGCAGUUUCCUUUUACGCAAUUAUGUCUGCGUGUAACCUGUGAUGGUGAAAGACUGAUAUAGUGACUUGGCUAGGAUUUUAGUACGCGUUUGGACUAAUUUGGUGUUCAGAGCAGUUUUUGAAAUAAAUGGCGGUAUCGACACUGAAUAUGACUCCGUACUUCACAGGAUACUCUUUUCAAGGGCAAGGUCGUAUGAACCAGCUCGGGGGAGUCUUCAUCAACGGUCGGCCGUUACCGAACCACAUCCGACUGAAGAUAGUGGAGAUGGCCGCGGCGGGAGUGCGUCCUUGCGUCAUCUCGCGCCAGCUCCGCGUCUCCCACGGUUGCGUCUCCAAGAUCCUCAACAGAUACCAGGAAACCGGUUCUAUCCGGCCUGGAGUAAUCGGAGGAUCCAAACCCAGAGUUGCGACGCCCGAAGUAGAAAACAGGAUCGAAGAACUGAAGAGACAAAACCCAGGUAUAUUUUCCUGGGAAAUUAGAGAUAAACUAAUAAAAGAAGGCAUCUGUGAUAAAAACACAGCCCCGUCAGUCAGUUCCAUUUCGAGAUUAAUAAGAGGAGGCAAAAGGGAUGAAUCAGAUCCUAGAAGAAAUCACAGCAUCGAUGGUAUAUUAGGUCCAUCAUCUUGUGAAGAUUCAGACACUGAAUCUGAGCCAGGGAUAACGCUGAAGAGAAAACAGCGAAGGUCUAGGACUACCUUCUCCGGAGAUCAAUUGGAGGCUUUAGAACGCGCAUUCACCAGAACUCAAUACCCUGAUGUUUACACCAGAGAAGAGCUGGCACAAAAGACCAAGCUAACAGAAGCAAGGGUUCAGGUCUGGUUCUCAAACCGAAGAGCUCGGCUAAGAAAACAACUUAAUUCCCAACAACUAAGUGCCUUCAAUACCAUGUCUUUACAAUCAGCGUUCCCAUCCGUCCAUCAGCAAUAUGAGCCGCCAUCUACUUUCAACGCUCAAUGCGCUUCUUGGCAACAAUCUUAUUCGUCAGCCCUUGGUACAAGUUCCGUCUUGAAUUCUGCUUUAGCUCCUUCUCUCCACCAAUCUGCACUAACAGCUCCUUCAGUCUGCCAAUCGGCUCUGGCAGCCUCGUCAUUACAUCCACCUACAUCAAGCUCAUUCGCAACUGGCAACUUGACGCCUCUGUCUCAUUCUUCGGAAUUAGCAACUCCCAUUCAACCAACCGCUGACACUCCACCCAGCUCCAGUCCCAUUGCAGCCAGUCCUUCAGCGAACCAAAGCAGUGCAAUCACUUACCAGCACUCUUCCUACCCGAAUCCCAGUGAAGCUGUCUCCCACUCGUAUGGUUAUGGCGACUACUCCAAGCAAGAACAUGCCAUGUCUGCACACAAUCACUGGACCUCGAGACAACUGAGUGGUCAUCCUCAGAAUAAACUGGCAGAAGUCAGUGCUUGGCCGGAAAAUUAUAGUUCGUUUUUCGGCACCAACCCCUCUCACUACGCGUCGCACGCGCACUCCCCCACUGAAGCAAAGUCAGGAUACCCCUAUUUAGGUCAACUAGGGGGUAUGGACAUGGGGAGAGUACAUUAGGAAAUUAAUGUGGCAAUAGUUUUUCAAAUAAGAUGUGAUUCAGCUUUGUAAAUUAAUUAUGUAUUUUGAUUACAGUUGUAUAGAAUAUUAUAUAAGUAUAUGUGUGUGUUCAGGAUAGGUGUUUCAACUAUCACAUGACAAGUGCCUUGCAAAAAUAAUAUUAUGUGAAGAAACUAAUAGUACAAAAUUAGCAUAAUACAACACGUUUUUUACUGUACAAUUUUAGUGAACGGAUUCGGAUGAUAAAACUGAGUUAGUUUCCAAAGGACUCUUGAAAAAAUUACAAAGAUUGUUCUCCAAUACAAAUUGGCUGAUCGGACUUAGUAUGAAAAGUCAACAUUUUAUUCUUCUUCUUUCAGAGAAAUCUUCUUUUGGAAGUUUUAUUCCAUGUAUUGAGCAUAAUGUCAAUUAUUGAAGUGAAUAAAAAUUACCCAGUACGUAAACACGUUACAUGCACAUGCAUGAUAUCUACUUAUGACAUUUAUCAUAUUAUUUUAACUUCGAUUUUAAACAACAAAAAAUUGGAAAUACCAAUUACAGAAUUUCCUGGUAACACUGUAUCGCAGUAUGGUAUCUUUAAAUAAUAUUAUUCAAUUGUAAUAAUGUUUCUAGAAUGUAAAAUUCUUUUGUAAAUAUUCAAAGCAAUGCACCUUGAAUUUAUAGUUCAAUAUUGUGUAUCUAUAUAAGUUUGUGUAUUAUAUUUAGAGGUAUAUUCAACUGAAAGUAAAUUAACGUUUAUAGUUCCUGAUAUUAUGCACUUGUUUAUAAUGUACGUUUAUUAUAUGCAUUAGAUAUAAUUAGGUUACAAAUGUUGUUAUGUUUAGUUUUAUAACUUGUUGAGAAUUAAUCUAAAUUUAGUGAAAAUAUUUUAAAGUUGUACAAAGCCUUAAAACGAAACGCCUUAUUAAGAUGUUUAAAAAUAAUUAUAUAUUCAGAUGCCUCAUAUUUUUGUCAGAACACUUCUCAAUUCCAAAUUCAUUCAAUAAAGCCUUGAAAUGCCUUGUAUAGAAAUGUGAUGUUAUAUAUAAUUAUAAGUAUUUAUUUAAUAGGUUCUAUAUUGUAACCUAGAAUAGCAGAAUAAUAUUAAGCACCUUUGUAAAAUAACAGUUUACGUUCCCAUAAUAAAUGACUUAUAUUAAAAA